AGUGCUUCAUUGCCUGUGAUGUGCGCUGUUACUGUUAUUGUACAGAGACAGGUUCACAUGUGAGGAAAGCAUGUGAUCAUCAUAAUCAGAUGAUGACCGAGUGGACUGAUUAAUGCUCUUUAACUCAGAAGAGCACUCGGAGCUUUAACACAGGGAAGAAGCGGCGGAUGAAGAGUUUUUAUUUUGUUUAUAUUAAAGUGGAUUAGAGUGUGCAGACUUUGUGAGAAUGAGGCUGGCAAACAGAAAGCGGAUCUCAGCUGUAAAUGGAGAGGAUUCCCGACUUUCAGCGCACUUCACAAAUCCUUUCACACACGAGUUGAGGUUCAGUCCUGUGCAGAAAGUCAAGAUUGCAUUGAUGACCGUGACGCUGUUUCCUGUGCGAUUACUCUGCGCUGCCUUUUUCAUGUUGCUCGCAUGGCCUUUUGCAUUUGUAGCUACUGUGGGCCGCACCGAGGACGCCGUGGAGCCUCUUUCCUGGUGGAGGUGGCUGGUGGAUCUUAUCAUCAAGGGCAUCAUGAGGGCGAUGUGGUUUUCCGGAGGCUUCCACUGGGUCCGGGUGAAAGGCAGACCAGCUCUAGCCAGUGAAGCGCCCAUCCUCACACUGGCACCGCACUCGUCUUACUUUGAUGCCAUUCCUGUGACCAUGACCAUGGCAUCGAUCGUGAUGAAAUCAGAGAGCAAAGACAUUCCUGUCUGGGGCACACUGAUUAAGUUCAUCCGCCCGGUGUUUGUGUCACGCUCGGAUCCUGAUUCUCGCAGGAAGACUGUGGAGGAGAUUAAACACAGAGCACACUCAGAAGGCCAGUGGCCUCAGAUCAUGAUUUUUCCCGAGGGGACCUGCACCAACAGAUCCUGCCUCAUCACAUUUAAGCCUGGUGCGUUUAUUCCUGGGGUUCCUGUCCAGCCGGUGGUUCUGCGCUAUCCUAAUGAACUGGACACAAUCUCAUGGACAUGGCAGGGACCUGGAGCGUUCAAGAUUCUGUGGCUCACGCUGUGUCAGAUCCACAAUUCUAUAGAGAUCGAGUAUCUCCCUAUUUACACACCAUCAGAGGAAGAGAAAAGAGAUCCGGCUCUGUUUGCCAGCAAUGUGAGACGCAUCAUGGCCAAAGCUCUGCAACUACCAACUGUAGACUACUCAUUUGAAGACUGUCAGCUCUCAAUGGUCAAAGGUCCCCUGUGUUUACCUAGCCACACAUGUCUGCUGGAGUUCUCCAGACUGGUGCGUAAACUUGGUCUGAAAGUGGGAGUCACAGAUCAGGUCCUGCAGGAGGAGGGCAAAAAAGCAUGCAAUCUCUGUGGACACAAACUGAGUCUGGAAGGAUUUGCAGAGUACUUAAACCUUCCAGUGACAGAAACUCUAAAGGAUGUCUUUGGACUCUUUGAGGAGCAUGGUCAGAUGGAUGUGAGGGAAUAUGUCAUUGCUCUCUCUGUGAUCUGCAGACCCUCUGAAUAUCUUGAAACUCUUCAACUCGCCUUUACAAUGUUUGAGGCUGAGGGGGACGGAGCUGUUGUAGAAGACGAGUUAGCCGUCAUUCUGAAAUCAGCCCUUGGAGUGGAAGAUCUUGCUGUGGGCGAUAUCUUCAGAGCUGUUGAUACAGGAGACAAAGGAAAGAUCAUGUUUGAUGAUUUUUGCCAUUUUAUGGAGAGUUGUCCGAACUUCAUGGAGUUAUACCACUGUGUUGAUGAACCAUCCACACACACGUGUUCAGGACUCGAACAACCUACAACCAACAGCUUCUGCCCUGACUUCAGCCCUCAGGACCAAAACACACACAACACAGAACACAGCAAGAAACACAACUGAUGUAUGUAUGAGAUGUCUGUCUGCAUGAAUAUUGCAUUCAAGUGUACUAGAGAGAAUGAUAAAGAGCAAAGUGUUUUUUUUUUUUUUCUUCUUUGUGCUUUAACAUUUUCUACUGAACACUUUGUUUUGACUAGCACUGUUUUAACAGAUCUUCCAAAAACUGACUGGACUAAAUUUGUGCAUUAUUUUAUUUAUUUAUUUUUUACUACUUAUCCUUACACAAAGGAAACUUCAGACUGACUUUAACACAUUAAGGUGAAAUACGCUGUUCAUUUGUGUGCGAAUUAAAUGUUCAAAUUUGUACAAUCAAAGCCAAGUAACUAAUUUCAUAUACCUGACAGGCUGCACUUAUAUUUUUAUCUUGUGUCCAGGACCUCUGGUUUUAGGUUCUUGUUUUCUCUCCUUUAAAACAGAACCCAGAAUGAAUGAACCUGUGUUGUUUAUUUAUUUAUACAUGAUUGACAGCUCUGUGAUCUAAAAUGCAAAAACUUGGCAGUGUUAGAGCAGGUAGAAAAUUAAACUGUGUUGAUAUGGAAAUAAGAAGAAUUGACCAAAAAGUGUCCUUUUUACCACAAGAGGGGGCUCUGCCAUAAGAUAUGAAACAGGAGGCACGUCGUAAACAAUUAUUUUGUUAGGUUAAGCAGUGAGCUUUGACACGCUGCUACAUUUUAUUUUGCAUAUAUUAGAUUUAGAUUAGUCUUAAACUUAGACUAGAAUAUAUCAAUGUUUUCCAAGCCAAUUAAGUAACAAGCCAAAUGGAGUCUAAAGCAAAGAGUAAACAAGUAUUCUAUUAUGUAUGUAUGUGGGCUGAAGUUAUGAUUAAAAUGUAGUGAAUUGACAGUUGGAAUGCUGUAUCAUUAGGAAUAAGACACUGUAGUAAAUACAUGUAUAUUAAAAACAGUAGAAUACUUUUACUAAAUAAAUGUGUUUGAUGUCUCA